CUUAAAAAAAAGUUUGUAGUUACUAUAAACGUCAAUGUCAAUAUUUCUUUACGGUGUCAGACAGAUGUAGGUUCUCUGUGCAGGUUACUAAACUGUUGUAAACAGUCUGUUUUGAUCUUAUUCUAUAUUUGUUUUUGUUUUCUUAGCGCAUCAUCAAAGCGUGAAAAGAUGAGUGGAUCAGACAAACCUAAAAUUCCAGAAGCACCAACGCCAGCUUUGAAUACUGGGAACUUGCUUUCUAGUGUUGCGCCACCAUCCCAGCUUCCGAAUUUCGUCACAGCCCCUGAUAUCGUAUCAAAUACAGCACCAGUACAACCAGUCAUACUUCAACAGAGAGUGGAACCACAAUCUGAAGCUACAGAAACUUUUAGCCCUGCUAUACCACUGAGCAAAGGUGAGCCGACAGUCUCUAUUAGAUCUCCAGAGGAUUCACAGACCACACAGUCACCUGAAUCUCUACCAGCAUCUACUCCUGAACUGGAAUCUAUUGGUGAUGUAAUGCCUGGCAGUGGCUUGUUGACAUGGAUGAAAGGUGCUGUUUCCACUGGCGGCAUACUUCACAGGGUGGCGGAGAAGGCAAAGAGCUCAGUUGAUUCAAUGAUCACGACAUUAGAUCCACAAAUGAAGGAAUAUCUCAGAAGUGGUGGAGACUUAUACAUAGUUGUUGCGUCAGACAAGGACGUCAAAAUCUCGUCAAUUCGGGAGGCCUUUCAAGCAGUUUUUGGGAAAGCUACCGUUGUGGGCAGCGAGGCACCUAGUUCGGCGACAGCGGCGCAGCCCGUGGGCAGCGCGGCCGCGUACGCCGCCGCCAAGCAGCGCCUCGCGCAUGUUCGCUCCACACACGCCAACCUCACCAACAACGUGCCCGUCGUAGCCAUCGAGGGCUUCCUGCAGGAGACACAACCUGACAGAUGGUAUGAGCUAUCGUUGCUGGUGCUGUCGCAGCCUUCACUGGGUAUCGAGUUGCAGUUGCAGUCGCAGGGCACGCCCGUGCCGGCGGCGGCGCUCGCGGCGCUGGCGGCUGCCACGCCCGCGGACUAUGCGCACGCGCAGACCGGCUACAGCGUUACUAUAGGCUCUGUUAUGGCUGCUAGUUUACAGGUACCACACACGCAAUGGCAAGAGGCGGCGACGGGAGUAUCUCGUAGGGAACUGCUAGUGCUCGCCGCCCGUUCGCUCGCCGGCUCCUACAAGAAAAUGCUGGCCGUGUCUGCUGCGGAGACUUAACUUGUCCACACAUUGACUGAUGGAUCAUGAUCUUGGCUUUUACUUUAAACAUUUCGGCGAGGACGUCGCGAGAAUAUAUGAAUUUAUUUAAUAUAAGUGUAUAUACUAAUACUAAUAUAAAAAUAUAGAAAGAUAAGUAAUAAACUAUAUUGGGGGCCAAAUUGUUUUUAUUCAUACUUUUUAAUUUCC